AGAGAAGAGGAAAAAAGCUGUGACUUUCAUACAUUACUCUCCCUCUCCAUCUCUCUCGUUGUCACAUAUCAGUAUAUCACAAAACAAAUUGCAGCCAUUCACAUCUUUCUCUUCCAUCUCUCAACAUUCUCUUUCUCUCUGUAAAAUGGAGAAACCAGUGUUUGCACCAUGGCGUUCCGACCAAGUUUUCCGGCCACCGGAGACACCAUUAGAGCCGAUGGAGUUUCUCUCUCGCUCCUGGAGCGUAUCAGCUCACGAAGUCUCCAAAGCUCUCACUCCUUCUCAGCAACUCCUCUCAAAAGCCUCAAUCGAAAACACCACCGUCAUUCUCGAAGAACCCAUCGCCGCCGGCGAGACCGAAACGGAGGACAACAGCUUCGUCUCCGGAAACCCUUUCUCCUUCGCUUGCUCAGAAACUUCUCAGAUGGUCAUGGAUCGUAUCUUAUCUCAGUCUCAGGAAGUGUCGCCACGAACAUCUGGUCGGCUUUCUCAUAGCAGCGGUCCUCUCAAUGGUUCUUUAACCGACAGUCCUCCGAUUUCGCCGCAUCAAGUCGACGACAUUAAGCAAUUUUGCCGAUCAAACAACAAUUUCAACUCUCAAUACCGUUCAACGGGAACAACUCCGGGACCUAUCACUGCAACAACUACACAGUCCAAGACAGUUGGACGGUGGUUGAAAGACAGGAGGGAGAAAAAGAAGGAAGAGAUGAGAGCACACAAUGCUCAGAUACAUGCUGCUGUAUCAGUAGCUGGUGUGGCAGCCGCGGUGGCUGCUAUCGCGGCUGCAACUGCUGCUUCGUCGAGUGCUGGAAAAGAUGAGAAUAUGGCUAAGACGGAUAUGGCUGUGGCUUCUGCUGCAACACUUGUGGCUGCUCAAUGUGUGGAAGCUGCUGAAGUUAUGGGAGCUGAGAGGGAUCAUUUAGCUUCCGUUGUUAGUUCUGCUGUUAAUGUUCGAUCUGCGGGAGAUAUCAUGACAUUAACCGCUGGAGCAGCCACAGCGUUAAGAGGAGUGGCUACAUUGAAGGCUAGAGCUAUGAAGGAGGUGUGGCACAUUGCAUCAGUUAUUCCAAUGGAUAAAGGAAUCAAUCUCGGAGGUUGCAGCAAUGUUAAUGGUAACGGGAGCUAUGUCAGCUCAAGCAGCAGUCAUAGUGGCGAAUUUCUAGUUGAGGAUAAUUUCUUGGGACAUUGCAAUAGAGAAUGGCUUGCUCGAGGUGGCCAACUUCUUAAACGCACCCGCAAAGGUGAUCUUCAUUGGAAAAUAGUUUCAGUUUACAUAAACAGGCUAAAUCAAGUUAUAUUGAAGAUGAAGAGCAGGCAUGUAGGAGGGACCUUCACGAAGAAGAACAAAAGUAAGAGAAAUUCUUACCCUUAUUAUGCAUACACCUAGUAGAAUCUUGAUAUAUUCUCAUAGUAUACUAAUGUGACAUAACUAAAGGUGAAAGCUUUAACUUUGUCACUAUCUACUAAUACUAUCAAUAAUAUGAGAAUUCAAAACUUUGAUGUGGGUCUACUUUGAAUAUGGGGAUUUGAGAAGAAAAGCAAAAGGGUUUUGGGACUAAAGUGAUCAGAGGAUCAAAACAAAAGGAGACGCCAUCUUUAACUUUUUUUGUUUUUAGUCUGUCUUUUGGAUGUGAAUAUCAAGACUCUUGCACAUUCUCCCUUAAUAUUUUUAUUUGCCUGAUCUUUUGUCUUCUUUUAAAUUACUUCAGAUGUUGUGAUUGAUGUGAUCAAAAACGUUCAAGCUUGGCCAGGCCGCCAUUUGCUGGAAGGAGGAGAGGAUUUGAGAUACUUUGGGUUAAAGACGGUUCCGCGAGGGAUUGUAGAAUUUCAGUGCAAGAGCCAGAGAGAGUAUGAAAUGUGGACACAAGGUGUCUCAAGGCUUAUUGCUGUUGCUGCCGAGAGGAAUAACAGAUAUAGGAUAUGAAGGGAGUAGUAGUUUUAAGAGUUCAGAGCUACUUUUUGAGGGGUGAUAUCUAACUUAUGGGGCCAAAUUAUAACUUGGAGAAAGUUAAGGGUGUUUUCUUUAGAGUAAUGUCUUUUUGUAAGGUAUAUAGGAUUAAAUGUGGCCUCUAUAAGGGUAGCUAGUGAAACAAAUCUUGGUGUUUGUAUAUAUAUUUUUUUUUUGUGAAAAAAGU